CGCUGUCUUUUUGGUCCCAACGUGGGCAGCUGGUGAUGGCGGCGCUGGUUGCGGCCGAGGCCACAGAGUCCGGCAGCCGAAACGGCCCGGGCAGAGGUCGAGCCCCUCGGGGCCGCUUGGCCAAUCAGGUACCUGCUGAGAUACUGAACAAUCCCCAGCUGCAGGCAGCCAUUCAAGUCCUGCCUUCCAACUAUAACUUUGAGAUUCCCAAGACCAUCUGGAGGAUCCAACAGGCCCAGGCCAAGAAGGUGGCCUUACAAAUGCCUGAAGGCCUCCUCCUCUUCGCCUGUACCAUUGUGGAUAUCUUGGAAAGGUUCACGGAGGCCGAAGUGAUGGUGAUGGGUGAUGUGACCUACGGGGCUUGCUGUGUGGAUGACUUUACCGCAAGGGCCCUGGGAGCUGACUUCCUGGUGCACUAUGGCCACAGCUGCCUGGUUCCCAUGGACACCUCGGCCCAAGACUUCCGGGUGCUGUAUGUCUUUGUGGACAUCCGGAUAGACACUACCCACCUACUGGACUCUAUCCGCCUCACCUUUCCCCCAGCCAGUGCCCUUGCGCUGGUCAGCACCAUUCAGUUUGUGUCAACUUUGCAGGCAGCUGCCCAAGAGCUGAAAGCUGAGUAUCGUGUGAGUGUCCCACAGUGCAAGCCCCUGUCCCCUGGGGAGAUCCUGGGCUGCACGUCCCCCCGUCUACCCAAGGAGGUGGAGGCUGUUGUAUAUCUUGGAGAUGGCCGCUUCCAUCUGGAGUCUGUCAUGAUUGCCAACCCCAAUGUCCCCGCUUACCGCUUCUUUUCCAGAUACGACCCGUACAGCAAAGUCCUCUCCAGAGAGCAGUAUGACUGCCAGCGCAUGCAGGCCAACCGCCAAGAAGCCAUAGCCGCUGCCCGCUCAGCUAAAUCCUGGGGUCUCAUCCUGGGCACUUUGGGCCGCCAGGGCAGUCCCAAGAUUCUGGAGCACCUGGAAUCUCGGCUCCGGGCCUUGGGACUUCCCUUCGUGAGGCUGCUGCUCUCUGAGAUCUUCCCCAGCAAGCUUCGCCUUCUUCCUGAGGUGGAUGUGUGGGUGCAGGUGGCAUGUCCACGCCUCUCCAUUGACUGGGGCACAGCCUUCCCCAAGCCGCUGCUCACACCCUAUGAGGCGGCAGUGGCCCUGAGAGACAUUUCCUGGCAGCAGCCCUACCCUAUGGACUUCUACGCUGGCAGCUCCUUGGGGCCGUGGACGGUGAACCACGGGCGGGAUCGGCUGCUCCAGCACCCGGGCCGGCCGGCGCUGGCGAAGGUUCAGGAGAGGCCCGCGCGCCCCUUUCCAGCCGUGGCUUGCGAGGCUUGCAGCUGCAGAGACGAGGAGGUCGCGCCGCUCGCUCCCUGAAACGCUCCUUGGUUCCAGGUAUCAGCCCCAGUUCUGGCCGGGCCGCA